AUGAUGUCGUUUUCUGUCGCGUUGAUUGGCGCCGUCAUCGGCGCUGGAGCGGUUCCAACAGCACCUCGUGGAUUUCAAGCGGCAGAGGCGUUGCGAAGCGCUGGAGUGGUGCUAAUCGAAGAUGUGCCGCUAAAGGACUUCGAAGUUGUGGCGCAAGAGACCUGGCAGGCGGCAGGGUAUCCAGGGCUCCACGUGGGAGAUUACAACAGCAUGGGCUCCGUGACGCGUCCCCUGGUCUCUGAGAACGUCUACGACGUGGCCGCUGGCGCGCCGAAGCAGCUUCCGGUGUCGCCGCACAGCGAACAGGCGUACCUGUUUAACGUGCCUCGUUUCGCAGCGUUCAUGUGCAUCAAGGCGGCCGAGAAGGGCGGAGAGCUCCAACUCUUCGACAACGUGCAGCUGGGUCGUCGACUGGGCAAGCUCAUGGAGAAAUUCAGUCGCCUGGGCAUCACCUACUACCGGGUGAUGGGGGACAAGCUGCGCUCCGCGAACUGGUCCUAUCCUACUGGAAUGUGGCAAGAUCGCUUUCAAACGGACGAUUGGCUCCUUGCAAAGAAGAAAGCCUCCGAGAAUCUGGCCUACGGAGGAGCGGAACUUCGAGAAUAUGAGCAAGGAUUGGUGGUCAUGAAUUGGACGGUGCCAGCUGUCACCUUCGUGAACAGCUCAACGGAAGUCUCAAGGGCGGUGUUGCAAUCUAUUCUGGACAACCACCGCUCCCGCAACUACGCGGCCGCCGCUGACAGCAGCGCGGCCACCGCGGCGCUUCACUCCACCUGGGGCGACGGCAGCGAGUUGGUCCAGGAGGAACUGCAACGGCUGCAAGAGGCCACAACGCAGAGCCUGGAGGCUCGGCAAAGUUUUGAGGGCAAGCAAGGUGAUCAUUUGACCAUUCUUACUGAGCACCAAGGGGCUGUCCAAGUGCCCAUUGUGACGCAUUACAAACAUCUGGGAGGUUUCAUCACCAAAUCAGGCAGCAAGUUCCAGGAGAUCCGUAUCAGAGCUGCUGCCACCAUGGCGAAGUUGAAACCCUUGCGCAAACUCUUGAAGAGUCCUGUGUUAGCAAUUGAAAAGAAACGCCUCAUUUUGCAGAGCAUGGGGGUUUCCGUGCUCACUUUGCAUUCAGGGACCUGGUUCAAUUUGACCCAGUCAGAGUUUGCGGCAUGGCAAGCAGGAGUUUUUCGAACAUACCAAAUGAUUCAACCGAGACAGGAAGAUGGACAAGUGCCUCAUACUCAGUUUUACAAGCUAGCUAGUGAGGCUGGUUUACCCAUGCCAAUGGAGCUGCUGUACAUUCAGAGAUUGAAGUUGCUUUUUCAUGUCAUGGGAGUGCAGGAUCGGUUCAUGAUCAAUGGCAUCCUGGAAAAUCAUGAAGUGGACGACCAAUGCUCAUGGUUGUAUGGUGCUAUGAAAAGCAUCAAAUGGAUGCGUAGCCAGGUGGGCAACUUUGUGGUGCCGGAGGAGCUGGAUGAGCUGCAAGAUGUGGCUACAUGGGAUCUGUUUGCACCUCAUGCCAAGAAGUUGCAGCAGUACCUAAAGAAGGUUCAAAAGGCACAUCUUUACAAAAUCAGAGCAUUGUGCGCUGUCAAAGACCAUUCAAUCAGACAGAAUGAAAUUUUGUCCGAUAUGGGCUGGACAUUUGAUGCACCCAAUGCUGAAUUGGGUGAAGAAGAGGCACAUCGCUGCGAGGUUUGUGAUGAUGUGUUUGAUACUCCAGCAGCAUUGGCUGUGCACCAGCAAAAACGUCAUGGUCUGAGAAUUGCAAUGCGCAGGUUUGCAAUUGACAGCUGCUGUCGUGCCUGUGGAAGAUGGUACCACACACGCUCCCGCCUGCUCCGACAUUUGCAUGUGGGCAAUACGGAGUGCUGGGUUUGGCAUUGCAGACGAUACAUCCCAAUGACUGUGGAAGAAGCAGAAGAAAAAGACAAUGAAGAUCGAAAGAAAGGAGUGGCCAUGCAUCAGAAAGGGUUUGCGGAUGUUGAAGCAGACAAAAUGUGGCGGCCUUGCACCGAAAUGGAGCUCAUGGACCGUUUGCAGUGCAGGGAUGAUGCGGUGGAAAGCUCAGAACAAGUGACAGAAAGCGAAUUGAAGCAGUGGAGCCAAUUUGGGAUGUUGCCGCCAGGAAGAGGUGGACGAAUGAAGACUUCCCGAAGGGCCACUGAGAUGCACAUGUUCAAUGUCAACAGAGAUAUUGCAAUGUUGGAAAAUACCGUGUUAAAGGAUGUGGGACGUUGGUCGCCAGACUUUUCAUGGGUGCCAAGACCGCUAUCUUGCGGAACCAGAUAUUUUUUGGUGCUUUUUAGCGGUCAUCGUCGGUUUGCCGACAUUGCUCAGCAGUUGUCUUGGAAAAGCAACAUCAUACCGAUCUGCGUGGAUUUAGCCGUGGAUCCUUGGCACGGCAAUAUCCUGCGGGAUACACUUUGGCUCCAACUCAUCCGAGCAAGGAAAGUUGCAGGUGCUCACGCAGGUCCCCCCUGCGAGACUUAUACCUUUGCCCGUUGGAUUGAAGUUGAAGGAGGUGGGCCAAGGCCAUUGCGGACCACUUCAGAACCUUGGGGAAAAGAUGAGCUCACCAUCAAGGAGGUCGAACAGGUCUUCAUUGGUACCAUCCUCAUGCUUCAAGCGAUCUACUUGCUGCUACUGGUGUUUUUACAUGGUGGCAGCUUUUCACUGGAGCACCCCAAAGGCCAGGGUGGAAAAGAUGGCAAGUGGUCCAUCUGGGACUCUGCUUUUAUCCAACAACUUUUGUUGUGUGCGGAAGUACGGAGGGUGGAUUUCCUUCAGGGCCCUUUGGGCCAGCCCUUUCCGAAGCCUACUUCGAUGCUUACAGGCAGAUUGGAAAAGUUUGCCACGCUGCUGUUCGAUCACUACCAGCCCAACUGGAGGCCAACUGACAGAUUGGGAGGGAGAGAAAAAGACAGCAAGCAGUGGAAGACCGCGAAGGCGAAAGCCUACCCUCCCUUGCUGUGUAAGGCUGUGGUGGAAGCGCAUCUUCAUUUUGCAGAGACCAUCACAUGUGAUCAUGAGGAGCCUGAACCUGAGGGGUUGCGCGAAGCCCUGCAAGCGUUGGCUCAACCUUUUGAUCCCUACAGCAUGGACAACAAGGGUGCCGUCAUGGGAGCAGAUUAUUGGGGACGUGCUGUCAACGGCAUCUAA